CGAACGGACCUCACUCGCAACGGCGGAUUAUCAUCGCAGAACGCAUGCGUGAUAGAUCCUUCGUCCGAAGCGAAUAAACCGCGCUCGCCGAGUCGACGCGCGCCUCUUUGUCGCGCAUCCGUUUACGCGUCAGUUUCCCAUUUCGCUUUUGGCCAGAAGGACGCGUGAUAAGGAGUUCGGAAGUGUGCGAAAAAGUGUUUUGUACUCAGUCUUCGUAUCCUUUCCGCGAAAUAAAAUUUCCGCUCUGCGAGGAAAUCGGGAGGAUCGUCAGGUUCCGUGCGCUCUCUCAUCGGAUCGAGAUUUAAAAAUUAUUGCUCGUCGAUCCAAAAUCCAUCCAAGUGGAUCUGUUAUUAUAAUUAUUAUUUACCAUUCGCAGAUAUCCAAUUGCGAUUGAUACUGCAACUUUCUCAGACAAUCCCUGAAAUAAUCGGGAGAGAACUGUGAUUUUCUUCCCGAGGAGAAUCAGAGAGAAAAAAGCCGCUUUUUCUUUCUGGUAUCGACGAUAUUUAUAGAUGAUCGAAAGUAUCCUGAGGUGGAUGUCUGUCCUAUUUCCGCUGGCGGGAUCAUAAAUAAUCCGGAGGAUUAUCCCGCCUACAAAAUACCUCGCUUCCGCCUUGAAAUAUAUUUUUGAAAAUAUCUUGGGAAUCUUUGUCUCUCUUUAUUCAGUUUGCCGCUUAGAAUACGAUUCUGAUAAAUUGCCAGGGGGAACUCUCGAAUAUGCCUGUACUUUCGAUCUUUACAAAUAAUCAGUAACAGAAGUAACUUGAAAUAUUUUACGCUCUUGGAAUUGAUUUUUGUAAAUAAGCCAGAGGUACGCGAACCUCGCCACGAUCUUCUUAAGUAAUCCGGGGGAAAGCCGAGUUUCUACGAAGUUUCUCGACCUUCGUGAGACAAUUUAGAGAACUCCGAUCGGACGGACUUUAACGACCGAGACACGAAGCUUUGCGUGACCGGUUCAGAACUCCGUUCAUGUCGCAGACCCCGAAGGAGGACGCCGACGCAAUGAAGGCCAACACGGCGGCAACGAAGAUCCAGGCCAACUUCCGUGGGUACCGCGUGCGUAAGCAGCUGAAGGAAUUCACGCAACGUCGUCAUCAGCAGCAGCCGAAUCAGCAAGAUCACCAGCGGGAUCAGCUGCAGCAGGAACAUACAGAGCCGAAGGAGCAUCUGCUGAAGAGACAAAAUACUCGAGAGGCGCUCGAGGAGAAGUCGGCGACAAAGAUCCAGGCGGGCAUUCGCGGCUUCCUAGUGCGGAAGAGGCAGCAGGCCGUUCAGGCCGCGGCGACGAGGAUCCAGGCCGGCUUCCGUGGCUUCAGAACGCGAAAGUUGCUGAAGCAGAACGGCCAGUAGGCUUUGCCCCGCCGCCGGUCUCUUCCUGGCGUGACAGCCGACGUGGGACGUUGACGUGUGCAAGAGCAUUUUGCGGAUUCCUCUGUGACUCGGACGAAACCCACGGUUGCAUCGGAGGCGUGGAAGGAACGACAAUUUCAAUUAAGUUAAUUACAUUGUUCGACACACGUAGACUUUUGAGACACUUCUUUGGACUGUAACUUCAUCAAUCACGUCGAUAACCAUUUCGGGAAUUAAUCGAUGAUAAUUAGCAAAACGUUAUUUUAUGGCAAUACUUGUCACUGUUUUUACUCCCUUAUUUCGAUUUUUUCCAUGAUGACUUUCGUAUGACAACGGUGGCAAUAAAUGAUGAUAAUGAAGAAAGAAGCAAUGAUCAGAGACGUUGUAGUUUAAACGAAAGCGGUUGAUAUAUAAAUAAAUAGACAUACACAGAAUAGAGAUAGUUAAAUGAUUAUACAAAUCUCUUGAUAUUUCAUACUUCUUGUUAUAUCAUAUAAUUUUUUAUGUAAUUAAUAUAAUUAAUGCGUUGAUUAUGAAAUCAAUGAAUUUGAUUAUAAAUCGCAAAUUAAUAUUGAAAAUACUUCUGUAAUUUCGUGAAAUUCUAUCGAUAAACAAAACUUGCGUAAUGACUAGCGUGUAAAGAUGUACAUAUAAUAUAUACUUUUUGCCGUUUUACUUGCGUAUUUCACGACUGCACUUUGAGUUUUUGUGAAUAAUAAAUUUUUAAUCUUUAUAACAAUUACUUUUAGUAGUGGUAUUUAAUACAUUGAUAUAAUUAAAAAAUGCCUACAUCGAAAUCCCAUAUUGGUAGUUGGUACUAAGUAAAUUUCUUAUUAUUC